CUAUCUUUGGAAUUUAGCCUUCACAAAAGUCCACACAGAUUGGACCUCCUACCAGUCCACUUGUUGGGUAAUUAUCAUGUUCUGCUUAUGUUCACAGCUUUGCUUUAAAUAGUAUCUCUCUAGGCUCUAGCAACUCCACUCUUGCAAUUAUAUCAACAUUUUAUACUCUCCACAAUUUCUCUUCUAUUCUCUGUUUUCCACUUCAACCGACUCUCUCUCUCUCUCUCUCUCUCUCUCUCUCUCUCUCAUCAACCUUGACAACGUGAUCCAUCCGAAUCCUCAAGUCAAGAAUAAUCAGUCUGGGAAAAGAAAAGGUUGGAAGGCCAGGUUGUUUCAAGCAGCUUUUGGGCUUUACCACUACUGCUGCAAGUCCUCAAUUCUGGAGUGACAGAAAGCAACUUGUGAAUCAUCUUCAAAUUAGACUAGAAGACUCUAGAGUGCAAAGGAAAAAACUCAGAGAGAAAGAGAAAAUGCAAAAGCAGCAGUCGGCAAAAAUGCAGAGGGAGAAGGGGCGAGCGAGACUGAGAAGAAGAAUAAGAAGAAAUGUUGGGGCGAUCUCAAGGUCUAAGGUUGAAGCUUUAACAAUGGCUGAGCCUGUAAGUACCCGGUUAACCUUGUGCUAGACAUCUUGAAAAGAUGGUUAAGAGCUAGAAUCAUUUGGUUAGAAAUAGAGAAUACCCAAUAGGAGAAUUGGUCUGGCAAGCAAUCCCACAUGUCCAGGGAGUUGCUAGCACUAGAAAACAUAAAUUCUUGCCAAUAUAGGUGGGACUCUAAUUCUAUAGGCUCAUUGAUGGAGAAGUAAAGUGUUGCAUGACCCCAAUGGCUUUCUUUAAUUCGCUUAUCCAGUCUUUCUUGUUAGAUUUAUUUUUUAGUUUUAGUUUUGAUUGUAUAUUAAAUUAUUAAUUUUUAAUGAAUUAUGGCCUUUAGUCUAAUUCCUAUUUAGGUUUGUGGUUUCAUGCAAAAAUGUUAGCUAAUUUCACCAUGAGCUUAUUGAUGACUUUGUUCCUCAACUGAAUAUUGAGUUUUGUCCAAACUUGGAAAUUUUUUCUUAUAUUCGCUUGACAGAUCAUAAGUGCAUUGGACCAAAAUUUGUAAACGUGUAGAGUGAAGUUGAGUGAACAACAAACUUUUGUCUUCAUCCUCAAUUACACCGAAUGAACGAUUACAAAUAAAAGUUCUUAGACAAAUACUUGCAACAAAACUUUCAUUACAAAGAAAUUUCCAUCUUGGAAUUUAGCCUUCACAAAAGUCCAAACAUGAUAGUCCACUUGUUGGGUAAUUAUCAAAUUUCCAUCAUGGAAUUUAGUUAUGCCUUGCUUCAGUAAUUAAGAUAAGAAGAAGUUUCAUAAUUGGACCACCUACUAGUCCACUUGUUGGGUAAUUGUCAUGGUCACAACUUUGCUUACAUAAUAAUAUCUUUCUACCUAAUACUCCACUCCUUCAAUUAUAUCAACAUUUUAUACUCUCCACAAUUUCUCUUCUAUUCUCUGUUCUUUCAACCGAUUGUCUCUCUCUCUCUCUCUCUCUCUCUCUCUCUCUCUUCAUCUCAUCGACCUUGACAAAGUGAUCAGCAUCCUUAAGUUCAAGAUUUGCCAAUAUAUUUCUAAUGGCUGCCAUUAGCACUCCAUCUGCCUCAUUUUCGUCAUCAAUUUCUUCGUCAACACCACAAUGGAAAUACGAUGUCUUUCUCAGCUUUAGAGGUGAGGACACACGCAAUAGAUUUACAGACCAUCUAUAUGUUGCCUUAAAACAAAAGGGCAUUCUCACCUUUAGAGACGAGGAAAAACUUGAGACGGGAAAAUCUAUUUCAUCAGAGCUUUUGAAAGCAAUAGAAAAAUCAAGGUUUGCAAUUGUCAUUCUUUCAAGAAACUAUGCAUCUUCUACAUGGUGUUUGGAUGAACUUGUAAAGAUCAUUAGGUGCAUGAAAGAAAUGAAGAUGAUGGUUCUACCAAUUUUUUAUGAUGUGGAUCCAUCUACUAUACGAAAACAAAUGGGUACUUUUGCCCAAGCCUUUGCUAAACAUGAAGAAAAUUUCAAGGACUGCAUGGACAAGGUGCAAGCAUGGAGAACUGCUUUAAGAGAAGUAGCCAAUCUCAAAGGAUGGCAUGUAGAAGAUAGGCCUGAGUCACAAAUUAUCCAGAGCAUUGUGGGAAAAUUGUGGCAUAAAUUAAGUUAUGCAUUCUCAGAAUGUACCGAAAACCUAGUAGGAAUAAUUUCUCGAGUGGAGAAAUUGGAGUCAUGUUUGGAUUUAGGGUCAAACAAUAUUCGCAUGGUGGGUAUUUGGGGGAUGGGAGGAAUAGGUAAAACAACUCUUGCUAGAGUUGUUUUUCGUAAGAUUUCAAAUAAGUUUGAAGGUUGUUGUUUUCUUGCUAAUGUUAGGGAAGUUUGUGAAAAAGAUGGUUUAGUUCGAUUACAACAACAACUCAUUCUUCAAAUUUUGAAUGAAAAUAUGGGUGUAGAAGAUGUUAAUGAAGGAGUUUUUGUGAUCAAGAACAGGUUACGUCAUAAAAAAAUUCUUCUCGUUCUUGAUGAUGUAGAUCAAUUAGACCAAUUAAACAAGUUAGUAGGGGAUCAUAUAUGGUUUGGUUUAGGUAGUAGAGUUAUCAUAACAACAAGAGAUAAGCAUUUGCUACAGACCCUUGGAGUAGAUGAAAUAUAUGAGGCUAAUGGAUUGACUCAUGAUGAAUCUCUUCAUCUUUUGAGUUUGAAAGCAUUUAAAGAAGAUCAUCCACCCAAAGAAUAUCUAGAGUUGUCCAGAGGUUUUGUAUAUUAUGCUAAUGACCUUCCUUUAGCUAUUGAGAUUUUGGGUUCUUUUUUGUUUGGUAGAGGUAUCAAUCAAUGGAAAAGUACAUUAAAUAGACUAAAACAGUUUCCUGAAAAAGAUAUUCUCAAAGUACUUAGAAUAAGUUUUGAAGGACUACAUGAAACAGAGAAGGAAAUAUUCCUAAAUAUUGCUUGUUUCUUUAAUCAUAAGGAGAAAAAAGAUGUAGUAGAAAUACUAAAUUAUCUUGACCUUUUUCCAGAUAUUGGAUUGGGGGUUCUUUUUGAUAAAUCUCUUGUUAAAUUUGAUGGUUUUACCUUGUGGAUGCAUGAUUUGCUUCAAGAAAUGGGCAAGAACAUAGUUUAUGAAGAGUGUCCUAAAGAGCCGGGAAAACGUGGCAAACUGUGGCUGUUUAAGGACAUUAAUGAUGUACUGACAGAAAAUUCGGGAACAAAAGCAAUUCAAGGCAUAGUCUUAAAGUUGCAUAAACAAAAAGAAGCAUAUUGGAAUCCUGAAUCCUUUUCAAAGGUUCAUGAUCUUAAAUUGCUCAUAAUUGAUAACGUUCACGUUUUGCAUGAGCCCAAAUAUCUUCCUAAUGCCUUGAGAUUUCUUGACUGGAGUGAAUACCCUUCAAAAUAUUUUCCACCAAGUUUCCAACAAAAGUCUUUUGAUAGUUUGAAGUUCAUCAAAUUGAAGAAAUCACUAAAAUUGAUUGAAACUCCUGACUUCAAUGAAAUCCCAAAUCUUGAGAAAUUGGAUCUUGAGGGUUGUAUAAAUUUACGUUCCUUGCACCCAUCAAUUGGAGUUCAUCAAAAGCUCACUUUUCUUAACCUAAAAGGUUGCAAAAACCUCAGAAGGCUUCCAAGCAAGUUUGAAAUGGAGUCUCUUGAGAUCCUUAUUCUUUCUGGUUGUUCAAAUUUACAAAGAAUUCCGGAGUUUGGAGAAAAUAUGGAAAGUGUAUCAAGGCUUUGCUUAGAUGGCACUACUAUUACAAAAUUAACCACAUCAAUUGGGAAUUUGACUAGCCUUGCUUCAUUGAAUCUAACAGAUUGCAAAAACCUCAGAAGUCUUCCAAGCAAGUUUGAAAUGGAGUUUCUUGAGAUCCUUAUUCUUUCUGGUUGCUCAAAUUUAAAAAGAAUUCCAGAGUUUGGAGAAAAUAUGAGAAAUGUAUCAAAACUUUACUUAGAUGGCACUGCUAUUACAAAAUUACCCACAUCAAUUGGGAAUUUGACUGGCCUUGCUUCAUUGGAUUUAAAAGAUUGCAAAAAUCUAAUGUCUCUUCCUAGCACCUUUUUAAAUAUGAAGUGGCUCGAAGAUCUCAAUCUUUCUGGAUGCUCAAAACUACUAGAAAACUUGGUGACUGAGAAAGGGGUAGAAGAGGUUGAUGUGAGUGGAACUGCCACAGGACUUAUGGCUUAUUCCAAUACUCUUUUUCAAACUCUUAAAACACUAGCUUUGGGUGGAUUUAAGCCGAGAAGUCCCAAUCGCAUGGGCUUGUUAACGACUUCUUUAUGGGGUUUGUGUUCUUUGACCGAUCUGGAUCUAAGUUAUUGCAAUCUCAAUGCAAUCCCCAAUGAUAUUUGUCGCUUAUUCUCUUUACAAUAUUUAUGUCUAAGCGGCAAUAAUUUUAGUUGCCUUCCGGAAAACAUCGCUCAACUAUCUAGGUUGUGUAGGUUGGAUGUGAACAAUUGUACGAGUCUUCUAUCAUUGCCAAAGCUUCCAUUAAAUAUUUAUUAUAUUUGGGGAGAGGGUUGUACCUCACUAGAAACGCUACCAGAUCAAUCACCACCAAAUUCUCCAUUUGGGCGUUUCCUCUACCUUAAAAAUUGCAGUAAAUUGGCUGAGAAUCAAGGCUACAUUGACAAUGGAUUGCAGUUUUUUGCAGCGAUAAUAAGCUCCCUUCGGUGCCCUCGCUCUGAUACCCAUUCCUACAGAUAUAACAGUGUUAUCACUGGAAGUGAAAUUCCAAACUGGUUUACGCAUCAAAGUAUUGGGGAUGAGGUUAGUAUUCAAGAACCUAAUUCUCUUUUGUGUAAUGAGUGGAUCGGGAUUGCUGUUUGCGCUGUAUUUUGUUCUCAUCCACAUCACCAAAUCCCCGAAGAAGGUUCACUUACCUGUUGGUUGAGAGUCAAUGGAAAACAAAUGACUCGCGCACCAGCCACGCACAAAUUUGUUCCUUUAUCGGAUCACACUUGGCUACUUUAUUUUCAUCCUCAAGACUACGGGGAGGAAGAAAUGAAGAAAUCAUUGUGCGAAUGCGAUGCAAAUGGAUUCAGUCAGAUUGGAAUUAAAAUUGAAUCCGAGGAAUCAAUUGUAUUUUCGAAGGUCCCAGUAAUAAUGGUAAAGAAGUGCGGGUUGCGAAUGUUAUACAAGAAAAACAAUUGUAUUUUCGAAGGUCUUAAUUUCGACGAUUCGACGGCGGCGGCGGCGGCGGCGGCGGAAGGUUACAAAGCCAAGCGAACUCGUGAUGACUAUGAUGGGGCUGGAAGCUCUAAUUACGAACCUCACCAAAAAAGGAUUGAAAGAGUCACAAAAUUUAUAGGUGAGGGUAACUCUAACUGUGAGGAAUCAAGUGAGAACAAGGAAUGUGCUGAAGAGCUAGGUGAUUGAAGGUUAAUCAACUUUUUUCUCUGCAUGGAUGAAGAGCUGGACGAAGGGAGGGAGUUUUGGGGAUCUUAAAGCACUUCUCAUUGUCCUUUUUCUCUAUUUUAUGGUAUAUUUGGACUUGCAGGAACAAGGAAAACCUUGAAGAAAGAGCCUUUCUCUGCCAUUAAUGUGGUCUUGUAUUGUAAAAGUUUGAUUUCAAUGUGCAGGGUAACUUACAGUUCAAAAAACAAAGAAAAGUCUUGAUAGUAGCAAGAUAAGCAAGUGUAGACCUUUAGAGAGAAGGAAAUGUAGGGGAUCCAAGCUUCUUUUGAAAAAAAUAGAGAAGGCAUGGAUCAAGAGCUGGCUGAUCAAUGGAAAUUUAAAGAACUUAAGUUCUUCUAGGUAGCUAACAGUUAAGAACUAAAGGAUUGCAUCCACAGUAGUAAAAUAAGCAAAGUCCAGACCUUUAUAGAAUCUUCCAACUGGCAACCAAUCCUGCUUGAGGAGAGCUGCAAGGGUAGAAGAACAAAAUGGAGGGGAUUCAUUCAGUUUUGAUUGUAAACAUAAAGAUGGGUCCAUUUUUGGUUGUUUGAGCUGGACUAGGGAGGGUGGAAUAGAAAUAACACAGAGGUGGCAGAUCGAGCUGAUGAAGGACAUUCAGAUGUUUAGGAACCAGUUGACAGAUGUUUCGUGUCCGGAGAGGAGUUCAGACGUCUUCUGACAGAGCCUCAAUCUCCAGCAACCAUUGCUCCUAACUUCUUUAUGAACUUUAGCUUCGAUAACACAGUUGUUGAAUAGAAUAGUACAAUAGUUGUUGAUGAUUCUGCUUUCUUUAAACGGCACUGUUUUUACUAAUUAAAUGCCACGACAGUAGAGUGACGCCCUUUCAUUAAUUUGAUAGUUUUCGCUUGAUAGCUGUUGGUCC